GCUGCACAGAGUGCCUCUGAUUGGCUGAGGGUGAAAGCUGCUGAGCACCAAUAGCAGUCAGAGCCGUACAAAGAGAUCUUCUCCCUCCCCCCAUACUUAGCAACACAACCACAAUGCUCAGUGUAGAGAGGAGAGAAGGUACAUCAGUCAUGUACUGCCAGGAUUUCAUUUAUUUGGAGUCGUAUUUUUGACUAUGGACGGAUAUUGUUUUCCCUCACCAUGUCACAUGUUGGGAAUAUGGAUUUUGUCUUCAUGGUCUGUCUUCUUUUGGAUUGGAAUUGAUGCAUUUUAGACGAUCGAGGAUGACAAAGACAAUAGGAUACAGAGAUUGGAGAUGGCAGGCUCUUUUGUGGCAUCACGUCUUUCUCUUGUGGACUACAGUGGAUGCACAGACUCGUUACAGCAUCCCAGAGGAGCUCAAACGAGGUUCUGUGGUGGGAAAUCUGGCCAAAGAUCUGUCUUUGGGACUGUCUGAGAUAUUUGAGCGCAAGUUGCGCGUCGCCUCUGAGGCUGGUAAGCAGUAUUUCAGCGUGGAUGCGGGGAAGGGCGAGCUGCUGGUCAAUGACAGAAUAGACAGAGAGGCUUUAUGCGGACAAAGCGCCAGCUGUGUGCUCCCUCUGCAGGUCGUCAUCGAGGACCCCUUGCAGUUGCAUCGAAUUGAAGUUGAAAUACGAGACAUUAAUGAUAACUCUCCGAAUUUUAUUUCCAAUGAGUUAUUUUUGAAAUUAGCGGAAUCUGCAGCUGUAGGCACACAUUUUCCUUUAAAGAGUGCAGCUGACCCUGACGUUGGGAGUAAUUCUAUCAAAUCUUAUACUCUCAGUAAAAAUGACUGCUGUUCACUUCGAAUAAAAGAAAUAGAGGGCGGCAAAACCAUCCCUGAGCUUGUUUUAGACAAGCCUCUUGACAGAGAGAAGAAGGCAGUUCACAAAAUAUUAUUAACAGCGUUAGACGGGGGCAGUCCAGCUAGAACUGGGACGUCACAAAUUACCAUAAAUGUUCUUGACAUUAAUGAUAAUUUCCCUGUGUUUGAGAAAAACCUUUACAAAGUAACAGUGGGUGAAAAAGCCCCGAAAGGGACUGUUAUUAUGAGACCUAAAGCAACAGAUGCAGAUGAAGGUUUGAAUGGUGAAAUAGAAUAUUCAUUUGGCUCCACGACACCAGACUCUGUUUUGUCAGUAUUUAAUAUGGAUGCCAUUAGUGGUGAGAUCAGUUUAAAGGGCGAGUUGGACUAUGAGACAGUCAAGUCCUACGACAUUGAUAUCACUGCUAAAGAUAAAGGCAGCCCUGAGAUGGAGGGACACUGUCGUGUCCAAGUUGACGUGAUGGACUUUAACGAUAAUCCUCCUGAAAUCGUCCUCACUUCUCAGCCUAAACCUGUACGUGAGGACGCCCCGAGUGGGACCGUCGUGGCCCUGAUUAGUGCUCGUGAUCUUGACUCUGGUAAUAACGGUAAUGUGACGUUACACCUGAAAAAAGGGUUUCCGUUUAACCUGAAAAGCUCUUUUUCUAACAAUUAUGCGCUGGUCACCAGUGGUGCUUUAGACAGAGAGAGAGUGUCUGAGUACAAGAUUGAGAUAACAGCCACUGAUUCAGGAUCUCCUCCUCUCUCCAGUAAGAAAAUGAUAUCUGUCAUCAUCACUGAUGUCAAUGACAACCCUCCUGUAUUCUCUCAGAGCUCUUAUAAUGUUUAUCUAAAAGAGAACGGAGUAGCAGGUUCUAUACUGUACUCGGUGUCUGCAUGUGACCUGGAUGCUGGCGAAAACGCCAAAGUGUCUUACUCUAUCGUGGACUCUAAAGUGCACGACGUGUCCGUGUCGUCUUACGUUUACAUGAACUCAGAGAACGGCAGCAUCUACAGCAUGCACUCCUUUGACUACGAGAAAGUCAAAGUGUUCCACAUUCAGGUUCAGGCAAAGGACCAGGGCUCUCCGUCUCUCAGCACCAACGCCACCGUCCAUGUUUUCAUCCUGGACCAGAACGACAACGCCCCCGCUGUUAUUUACCCUUCCCCCCACGCUGCCUCCCACCUGCGGGUGCCCCGCACGGCCAAGGCGGGCCACCUGGUCACCAAGGUGACGGCCGUGGACGCGGACUCGGGCCACAACGCCUGGAUCUCGUACAAAGUGUCUGAGGCCACAGACGCCUCUUUGUUCACGGUCAGUGUGUACACAGGGGAGGUGAGGACUAAACGCGCUGUGUCCGAGCACGACGACUCCUCUCAGAGGCUGCUUGUAGAGGUCCAGGACGACGGGGAACCGGUCCAGUCGGACACCGUCACGCUGUCCAUCCUGCUGGAGGACGCUGUGAGCGAGCCCAUGUUGGAGCUGAGACACAAGGUGUCCGAGCCCAGUAAGACAAGCGGCACAAUCACGCUUUAUUUGAUUGUGUCUCUGGCCUCGGUGUCCGUGCUGUCUCUGGUGACUUUGCUGGUCUUAGCGGUGAAAUGCUUGAGGAGCAGCGGAAGCGACGCUAGUUGCUGCAUGAGACGGACACACUGUGAUGAGGACAAGAAGCCCAACAGAAACCUGCACAUUCAGCUCAACAGUGAUGGACCUAUCAAGUACGUGGAGGUUCUGGGAGGAGACGUCAUGUCUCAGAGUCACUCCUUCAGGUCGUGCAUGUCUCCAAUGUCAGAGUACAGCGAUUUCACUUUGGUGAAGCCCAGCAGCACCACUGACUUUAAGGAGGUCAUCAGCGUCCUGGACGCCUCUUUACCUGACAGCACCUGGACCUUUGAGAGCCAGCAGGUGAGCAAAAAAUUCAACAAGAAUUGGCUAAAAUUUGACUCCAGAACGGAUAUUUUUUUCACUCACCAUGUCGCAUGUUGGAAAUAUGGAUUUUGUCUUCAUGGUCUGUCUUCUUUUGGAUUGGAAUUGAUGCAUUUUAGAGGAUCAAGGAUGACAAAGACAAUAGGAUACAGAGACUGGAGAUGGCAGGCUCUUUUGUGGCAUCACGUCUUUCUCUUGUGGACUACAGUGGAUGCACAGACUCGUUACAGCAUCCCAGAGGAGCUCAAACAAGGUUCUGUGGUGGGAAAUCUGGCCAAAGAUCUGUCUUUGGGACUGUCUGAGAUAUUUGAGCGCAAGCUGCGUGUCGCCUCUGAGGUUGGUAAGCAGUAUUUCAGCGUGGAUGCGGGGAAGGGCGAGCUGCUGGUCAAUGACAGAAUAGACAGAGAGGCUUUAUGCGGACAAAGCGCCAGCUGUGUGCUCCCUCUGCAGGUCGUCAUCGAGGACCCCUUGCAGUUGCAUCGAAUUGAAGUUGAAAUACGAGACAUUAAUGAUAACUCUCCAAAUUUUAUUUCUAAUGACUUAUCUUUAAAAUUAGCAGAAUCAGCAGCCGUGGGAACACGUUUUCCUUUAGAGAGUGCAGCUGACCCUGACGUUGGGACUAAUUCUAUCAAAUCUUAUACUCUCAGUAAAAACGACUGCUGUUCACUUCGAAUAAAAGAAAUAGAGGGCGGCAAAUCUGUCCCUGAGCUUGUUUUAGACAAGCCUCUUGACAGAGAGAAGAAGGCAGUCCACAAAAUAUUAUUAACUGCGUUAGACGGGGGCAGUCCAGCUAGAACUGGGACAUCACAAAUUACCAUAAAUGUUCUUGACAAUAAUGAUAAUUUCCCUGUGUUUGAGAAAAACCUUUACAAAGUAACUGUGGGUGAAAAAAGCCCAAAAGGAACUGUUAUUAUGAGACCUAAAGCAACAGAUGCAGAUGAAGGUUUGAAUGGUGAAAUAGAAUAUUCAUUCGGCUCCAGGACCUCAGACUCUGUUUUGUCAGUAUUUAAUAUGGAUGCCAUUAGUGGUGAGAUCAGUUUAAAGGGCGAGUUGGACUAUGAGACAGUCAAGUCCUACGACAUUGAUAUCACUGCUAAAGAUAAAGGCAGCCCUGAGAUGGAGGGACACUGUCGUGUCCAAGUUGACGUGAUGGACUUUAACGAUAAUCCUCCUGAAAUUGUCCUCACUUCUCAGCCUAAACCUGUACGUGAGGACGCCCCGAGUGGGACCGUCGUGGCCCUGAUUAGUGCUCGUGAUCUUGACUCUGGUAAUAACGGUAAUGUGACGUUACGCCUGAAAAAAGGGUUUCCGUUUGACCUGAAAAGCUCUUUUUCUAACAAUUAUGCACUGGUCACCAAUGGUGCUUUAGACAGAGAGAGAGUGUCUGAGUACAAGAUUGAGAUAACAGCCACAGAUUCAGGAUCUCCUCCUCUCUCCAGUAAGAAAAUGAUAUCUGUCAGCAUCACUGAUGUCAAUGACAACCCUCCUGUAUUCUCUCAGAGCUCUUAUAAUGUUUAUCUAAAAGAGAACGGAGUAGCAGGUUCUAUACUGUACUCGGUGUCUGCAUGUGACCUGGAUGCUGGCGAAAACGCCAAAGUGUCUUACUCUAUCGUGGACUCUAAAGUGCACGACGUGUCCGUGUCGUCUUACGUUUACAUGAACUCAGAGAACGGCAGCAUCUACAGCAUGCACUCCUUUGACUACGAGAAAGUCAAAGUGUUCCACAUUCAGGUUCAGGCAAAGGACCAGGGCUCUCCGUCUCUCAGCACCAACGCCACCGUCCAUGUUUUCAUCCUGGACCAGAACGACAACGCCCCCGCUGUUAUUUACCCUUCCCCCCACGCUGCCUCCCACCUGCGGGUGCCCCGCACGGCCAAGGCGGGCCACCUGGUCACCAAGGUGACGGCCGUGGACGCGGACUCGGGCCACAACGCCUGGAUCUCGUACAAAGUGUCUGAGGCCACAGACGCCUCUUUGUUCACGGUCAGUGUGUACACAGGGGAGGUGAGGACUAAACGCGCUGUGUCCGAGCACGACGACUCCUCUCAGAGGCUGCUUGUAGAGGUCCAGGACGACGGGGAACCGGUCCAGUCGGCCACCGUCACGCUGUCCAUCCUGCUGGAGGACGGUGUGAGCGAGCCCAUGUUGGAGCUGAGACACAAGGUGUCCGAGCCCAGUAAGACAAGUGGCACAAUCACGCUUUAUUUGAUCGUGUCUCUGGCCUCGGUGUCCGUGCUGUCUCUGGUGACUUUGCUGGUCUUAGCGGUGAAAUGCUUGAGGAGCAGCGGAAGCGACGCUAGUUGCUGCAUGAGACGGACACACUGUGAUGAGGACAAGAAGCCCAACAGAAACCUGCACAUUCAGCUCAACAGUGAUGGACCUAUCAAGUACGUGGAGGUUCUGGGAGGAGACGUCAUGUCUCAGAGUCACUCCUUCAGGUCGUGCAUGUCUCCAAUGUCAGAGUACAGCGAUUUCACUUUGGUGAAGCCCAGCAGCACCACUGACUUUAAGGAGGUCAUCAGCGUCCUGGACGCCUCUUUACCUGACAGCACCUGGACCUUUGAGAGCCAGCAGGUGAGCAGAGAACCAUCACCUCAUGUGACAUACAGCUACACGGUGAGGGAGGAGGGGGAACAAGUUGCCAAAAGUUUUUUUUCCCGGACAAUGGAGUCCAGACAGAGAAGGAGCCAUCUGUCGCGGCUGUGCGUCUUCGCGGCCUGCCUCUCCUGCGCCUGCGCCCAGCUCAGCUACUCCGUGUCGGAGGAGCUCAGUCCGGGGUCCAUCGUGGGGAACAUCGCUGCGGACCUGGGCCUGAGCGCGCAGGGGAUCGUCCGAAGGGGUCUACGGGUGGUCUCCGACUCCGGCACGGAGUACUUCGAGGUGAGGCAGUCUAGCGGGGAUUUGGUGAUCAAGCGGCAGAUUGACAGAGAGCAGAUGUGCGAGUUGAGCUCGUCCUGCUCGCUCCACCUCCAGAUCCUCCUCUCGGAUCCUUUGGAGAUCAAACGCGUGGCGGUGGACAUCGUGGACGUGAACGACAACGCGCCGCGUUUUUCCACCAGCAGCGUGUCUUUGGAGGUGUCCGAGGCCGCCGCGCAGGGCACCAGGUUCCGCUUGGAGAGCGCGCACGACCCGGACGUGGGGACCAACUCUUUACGCACGUACCACCUCGCCGCGAACGACUUUUUUAUACUGAAUGUCGAGACGAAAAGUGACGGCAGCAAGUUUCCAGAGCUUGUGGUGGACAAACCUCUAGACCGGGAGGCGCAGGCCUCCUUUGAGCUGCUCCUCACGGCUGUGGAUGGAGGACAGCCGGAGAAAUCCGGCUCCACCCUCCUGCUUAUUAAAGUCUUGGAUGUAAACGACAACGCGCCCAUCUUUGACGAGCCUGUCAAGAAGGUCAGCCUGUUCGAGAACGUGGCACUUGGCACUUUAGUGACGAAACUCAACGCCACCGACACGGACUCCGGCCGCAACGGGGAAAUAUCAUUCAUGUUUAGUAAAUACACGCCCGAGCGCGUGCUGAAACUUUUCACGGUGGAUGCUAAGAGCGGGGAGAUUCGCGUCAACGGCGAGGUGGACUAUGAGAAAGCCGCGGCGUAUCACAUCACCGUGCAGGCCAGAGACGGGGGCGCCCCGGCCAUGGAGGGCUCCUGCAACGUCGUCAUCGACGUCACGGACGUCAACGACAACGUGCCGGAGGUCACGCUGACGUCCGUGACGAGCCCCAUCAGGGAGGACUCCGUCCCGGAGACGGUGAUAGCGCUCAUCAGCGCCCGGGACCUGGACUCUGGCAAGAACGGGGAGGUUAGUCUGACCAUCCCGCCUGGCCUGCCCUUCAAACUCAACUCAGCCUUCGCCAUGCACUACAGCCUCACCACGGCAGCCGCCCUGGACCGUGAGACGGCGUCUGAGUACACCGUGGUCAUCAAGGCCACCGACGGCGGCUCUCCCCCCUUGGCGUCACAAAGCACCUUCGUGGUGAAGCUCUCAGACGUCAACGACAACGCCCCCACCUUCUCCCAAUCCUCCUACUCUGUGGACAUCCCCGAGAACAACGCCCCGAGUUCCCCCUUCACCUCCGUCUCAGCCACCGACCCAGACCUGGGGGACAACGCCCGUAUCACCUACUCCAUCCUGCCCGGCAUGGUGCAGGGCUCCCCUAUUUCCUCUUACGUCUACAUCAACGCGGAGAGCGGCCACAUCUACAGCAUGCGCUCCCUGGACCAUGAGCAGCUGAAGGCUUUCCGCAUAGAAGUCCAAGCCCGGGACGCGGGGGCGCCCCCGAGGACUGCCAACGUGACCGUGCACGUGUUCGUGGUGGACGUGAACGACAACGCGCCCUGGAUUGUACACCCCGCCUUUGCCAAGGAGAAAGGGCUGCAGCUAACGGUUCCCCCCUCUGCCGGGCCGGGGUACCUCAUAAAUAAACUUGUGGGGGUGGACGCGGACAGCGGGCACAAUGCCUGGUUGUCGUACUCCAUCACCCCCGGCCCGCAUGCUGGCAUGUUCCGAAUCGGGGCGCACACCGGGGACCUCCGCACAGCCCGGAAGUGGGCCGAGGAGGACGAGGGCUCCACCUACGACAUCGUGGUCAUCAUCCAGGACAGUGGCCAGCCCCCUCAAUCCAGCUGGGUGAACAUCACAGUGACGGUGGAUGAGAGCGGCGCCGCCAAUGACGCUCCGGCAAGACCCCACCACACCCCCUUCUCCCCCCACACUGGGAUGUCCGACAUCACCUUGUACCUCAUCGUCUCCCUCGCCUGCGUGUCGGGCGUGGCUUUUAUCACCUUUGCCGUCCUCAUGGUGCGCUGCUUGAGGCACCGCGACCCGUUGGCGGGCGACUCAGACUGCUGCUACUGUUGCUACGGCAACCAGCGCUCCGGCCGCUACCACCAGAGGCCCGGCAAGGACCUGCACCUGCAGCUCAACACGGACGGGCCCAUACGUUACAUGGAGGUGGUGGGGGGACCCCAGGACGCGCACACGCGCACUUAUAGACCCUGCUACUCCACCAUAUCCAGCAGGAGUGACUUUGUGUUCAUGAAGACGCCCAUGCUGAGUCACAGCAACACGCUCAACACCACGCUCAGCCGGAAGCACCUUAUGACCGAGCAAAAGCCGCCCAACAACGACUGGCGCUUUAACCAGGGACAGAGACCCGGACCCAGUGGUCCCCACAUGCCAUACGGUACACACAUACGAUGGACGCCGAAGAGUGGGACCAGGGCUGCCGGAGGACCUGAGGUUGCCAUGGGAACCGGCCCCUGGCCCCAACCCCCAACUGAAGCGGAGCAGCUCCAAGCCCUGAUGGCCGCGGCAAACGUGGGCGAGGCGACCGGCACCCUGGGACCGGGCACCAUGGGCCUGACCACCCGCUACAGCCCCCAGUUCACCCUGCAGCACGUGCCCGACUACCGGCAGAACGUCUACAUCCCGGGCAGCACGGCCACCCUCACCUCCAACCCCCAGCAGCAGCAGCAGCAGCAGCAGCAGCAGCAGGCCAUGGCCCAGCAGGCCGGCCAGCAGGCGCUGCCCCCGCCCCAGUCCGGCCAGCCCGAGCCCCCCAAGGCCGCCCAGACCCCGGCCUCCAAGAAGAAGUCCACCAAGAAGGAGAAGAAGUAGGCGGAGGAAUGCUUAAGGCGACCCCCCCACACCCCGCCAUGAAGUAUCUUAUCUCGCUGAGGUCCGGGUGGACCACAUGGACGGUUCUGAGGGUUCUUUUGGAAGUGUCUGGAGGGUCUUUGAGGAGUGGCAACACACUUGUAAUCAAUAGAUCUAGUUUGGCUGGGUAUGGGGGGUUAUUGUGAUUAUUUGUCGCUUUGGCUCGGACAAGAAACCUUGCAAGUGAUGUAUCCUGAGAAAUGUUAGUCCGAUUUAUUGUGCUCUUUCCCCCUGCCCCAAACUGGGAAGUUGUAAGUACGCUUCGUCGCCAUCUUAUUUCCACGUAGGCUCCGCACGAGCAGGAUCUCCCACUCCGUGGUGAUAAGUUUGUUUUUACCGCUCUUACAAACUCGUCUGCAUGCUCUUUAAAAGGUUCAAACAUACUAGUUUAGAGUUGAACUAUGCAUUGCAAAAGAGGAGGACGUCCCCCCCCGCCCCCAAACCUUCCCCCGGGCGCCCCUUCGACACCCCCCCUGCCAAAUCAACAGAAUGCACAUGGAGCAUUUACCCCAAAAAAUGAAAUUUGUAACCAUGGUUUUGAGUAGGGCUGCAACAACUAUUCGAUUAAAUCGAUUAAAAUCGAUUAUAAAAAUAGUUGGCGAUUAAUUUAGUCAUCGAUUCGUUAGAUCUAUUCGCAGAGGCUAUUUUCUAUUUUUAUUUUUUUUUAAUCUUUUUUUUUUUU